GUUCCCAGUUCAGCAAUGGCGAUCGAGGCGUGGUUCAUGGACGAGAGCGACGGAGACCAGAGGCUCCCUCACCACCGCAGCCCUGAGUUCGUCUCCCUGGACCACUUGGCAGAUGCGGGAGUUCUGUACUGGAAGCUGAAUCCCAGCGACUACGAGAACGAUGAGGAGCUGCGCAAGAUCAGAGAGGCCAGAGGGUACAAUUACAUGGAUCUGCUGGAUUUGUGCCCGGAGAAAGUGGACAACUACGAGCAGAAGCUUAAGAACUUCUACACGGAGCACAUACAUGGGGAUGAGGAGAUACGCUACUGCUUGGAAGGGAGCGGAUACUUCGACGUCCGAGACAAGGAGGACCGCUGGAUUAGGAUCUGGAUCAAACCUGGCGACCUCAUUGUUUUGCCUGCCGGAAUCUACCACCGGUUCACUCUCGACACCAGUAACUACAUCAAGUUGAUGAGGCUGUUUGUCGGUGAACCGGUGUGGACGGCCUUCAAUCGCCCCCAGGAAGAACACCCGGCAAGGAAGCAAUACGCGAGGAGCCUGGCCGAGAAAGUGGGCGUCGCCCUUGCAGCUCAUUGAUUCUCAUGAGUUUCGAGGAAUGAUCAGUCGUGCUUUUGGAAUGUACACUGGUAUUACAGAAGCUUCGGGUUCGAAUGUCGCCUCUCUAUGUAUACUCUGUACUCUGGAUCGAAAACUGUUAUCUGAUAUACAAUCUCCCCUUAGUCCCAAUUCUGGAUGGAAAA